GAGGACAAGGGCGGCCCAUAAGCAGCUGCAGCACAUCAGCCUCACAGAGUUUGGAGUGUUCUUUUGUUUUGUGGAGUACCUGAAAGUGUCCCUUCUCCAAAACCACCAUGAAAGCCACCAUAUUCUUCAUUCUCUUGACCGUUUUGGCUCGUUCGAGAGGCCAGUACCACUAUCAGGGCCUGAUGAACUACUUGGAAAAUAGGAUGCUCGCUAUGGAGGAACGCAUUGCCUUGUGGCAUGAACAGAACAACCGUUACAACUCUGACCUGAAGGAAUUCAGGCAGCAGGCCGCAGACCUGUUGGAGAAGUUGGGCAAGGAGCACAACAAACUGCGUUCAGACAUGGAGGGCGCAGGAGCACGGGUAGACCGUGUGGAGCGUGAGAUGGACUACAUUGAAACCAAAAAUCCCCCUAAGCCUUGUGUGAAAGCAGCAGAAAAAAUGGUGGAACAGGACGUGGUUGUCAGAGAGAGGAAGAAGGAAGAGUUCUUUGAGUUGUCUGUGUGCGUGAACAUCGUAUCCAGUCUAAAAGCAAUGAAGAUCCUUAAGAGAUUGGGAAGCCCGAAAGGUGUCUGGACCAAAGAUGCCAGAUCAGCAAAAGUCUAUGUUUUUAACGGGACGUCCGACAACACGCUGUACGAGUUCAACUCCAUGCGAGAGCUCUUGGCAUCAUCAGGCGUAUCUAAAGGCAGGCAGAUCACUGUGCCCAUCGCUUGGAACGGGACCGGUCAUGCAGUCUAUGAUGGCUUUCUCUAUUACGUCAGUGAAAGUUCAGAGCUCCAGGUUAUCAAGUAUGACCUCAAGAAUGGUUCUGUUGCAGACAGCGCAGUUUUUCCCAUGGACGACCGCAGCCCGGUGUACCAGCUCAAUCCAGAGACGUUGGUGGACAUGGUGGCGGAUGAGGAUGGGCUAUGGGCGCUGUAUCCAGCUGGAGACACUAUUAAUCUUGCUAAGAUGGACAUAGAUUCUCUGGAUAUAGAGCUGAUGUGGGACACGGCGUGUCCAAGGAAUAAUGCUGAAGCUGCUUUUAUUGUCUGUGGCACGGUCUAUGUGGUUUACAACACCAAGCCACCGAGCCGCUCGCGUGUGCAGUGUGUGUUUGAUGUGAAUGACAUGGUAAGCAGCGGAGAGGCCCCUUUGGUUUAUUUCCCCAGGCGCUACGGUGCCCAUUCCAGCCUCAAAUACAAUCCUGAGGAGCGGCAGCUCUAUGCUUGGGAUGAUGGGUACCAGAUUCUGUAUAAACUAGCGCUGAAGAAGAAGUUAUGGGCGAUUAUGCCACCACCUGAGGAAUAGUGGCCUUUUUUAGCUCUUAAAAGGCUGUAUGUUCCUGGGUACGAAAAGUUUGUGAUUUUCCUAAAGGGAUAGUUAUGGAAAACAAAAAUCCUGCCAUUAUUUACUCACCCUCAUAUUGUCAAGUCUGUAUGGAUUCAUUUCUUCUAAAGAAAACAUUUUGAAGAAUAUUUUCCAUUCAGUUACAAUGGAUGAGGAUUGAAGCAUUUGAGCUUCAAAAAGCACACAAAACCAUCAUACGUUUUAUUUCUGAGUCAGAACUUUUUAAAUGACUUGGUUGAUCCAGUUCACAAAACCAGCCUGAAUGAUUUGUUCAUGACUGAACCUGGUCUCAAGUUCAAAUCACUGAUACUGAAGAGGAAGAUUAUCUGCUCAUUUUAAACAACUUUAAUUUGGGUCUUUAUCUCACACAAAGCUAUAAUAUGAAGAGGAAGAGGAAACAAA